AUGCAACAAGACUAUUUUCCAACAACAAUAAAUUUGUUCAGCUUUGGGACGUUUGGCCAGCCUGUGAAUGGGUAUGUGGAAAUUGCAGUCCCCUUUCCAUCGUUCAUUAGAAAUAUUCAACUCACUGUUGUUUCUUGCUUCACAGGUAUUAAAGUGAACACUACUACACCACCACAAGUCCCACCUAUGAACAUCGACUCGAAUAUCGAACAAUGGUCAAAACUGACGAGUUACUUAACUCCAAUUGUCCAGUUCGACUGUCUUCCUAAAAAUGACAUCCAAGAACUCCCAACAGGAAACCAUCGAUUUCCAUUCACAUUUGUCAUUCCAAUGACGAACUGCCCGAUGCUUGUUAUUCCACAAGAAGACAGAAUUAAGUUUGUCUACGAAAUUAAGGCAACAGUCUUUUUAAAACAACUCCAAUUUGACUCGGCAUAUUACCCGUUACCUAUGCUCUUCCAUCCUAUUGCUCAACUCCAAUCCCCUCCUUCACAAGUAUCAACACCUUUUAAUAAAGACUCAAACCUCAAAGUCUUCAUCCCGAAAACAACGUACUUCACAGGAGAACGCGUCGAUAUCACGUUGACUCUCGAACUCAAGAAACCGAUUUAUAGAGCUGCGCUGAGUCUUGUUGGGAUGUAUAGAGCGCCCGGGUGUGUGCAUCGGAUCACAUUCAACUCGACGCUCAUCCCAAUGACCCCGGAACCAAAGCGAUUUGUGAUUGAUAUUCUCCCAAUAGUGCCACCAACGAUCAUCACCCAAUUCUUUAGGUUCGAACACUUCGUCUUGGUCGAGUUGUAUCUGCAACUUGGUCCACCCCUUAAGGUGUUUAUACCAAUCACUGUUGUCACUUCACAAGAUCCUUCCAUCAAACAAAUGUACGCGACUGUGUCUGGCGUUGUUCUUCCUAAAUCGCCGUUCUUGGGCAUUAAUAGAAGACCACCACCCCCAUUUCCAUCAUCAAUUGUGAACGGCAUGCAACAGGGAAUUACCGAAGAAGGCGAAAUCGUGAAUUUGGACCACAAGAAGAAAACAAUGGAAAGAAAUGGCGACACUGAAGAGGUCUAUCCCUUCUUCAUGAACACGAUGUUGCCUGAAAAUUGGAUCAUUGGGUAUAACAGAAAUGAGCGCUACUUCAUAGACGUCGAACACAAAGUGACAAGUUGGAAGGACCCGAGAGAAGAGAGUGCAAAAGUCCCACAACAUGUCCAAAGACACUCGAAAGGCGUCUUAAAUGUCAUGGCGGUGAGGUAUGAAGGCAUUUCGAAUUCAAGUAAAAAAGAGCCUGAAGUGUUUGGGAUGGUCUUUACUGAUGUCGAAAGAGUACUUAAAACAGACGUUGUGAAGGGGUGCGAUGGCGACUUUGGAGGAAAGACGCUUGGUGUAGAAUUAGAUAACGAACGAGAGAAUGUGUGCUUCUUUGUCUUUGUGAAAGGGAAGCCAGACGUGUGUGUUGGGUGCGUCAAUUUUGAAUUGUCUUUGAUGCCGUUCCCAUCGAUAAUUGAAGGGUGGUUCUAUCUGAGACCCCUUGCAUUUACUGAUAAUGUGAGCACGGGGAGAGUCAAAUUGAGAGUCGCGUAUGUCGAACAGGCGAUGGCAUUGAAUGAAGUGAUUGCGAUGAAUAUCAGAAGCGUCACGACGAGUUGUAAUGUCCCGUUUUACCCAUACACUGAAAUGUAUAUUGAAGAAGCUCGAAGACAACAAGAACGGAUGGAGAAGGGAGGUAUUCGAAUGAUCAAAGAAGAAGAGGGUCGUAUAGUUCUGACAUGGGGAAAAGGCGAGUUAGUUGGCGAGAAAGAGAAAUUCUUCUCAAAAAAGUCGAAGAAACACGACGAAGAAGUUCCUUUGAUUGAUUUGAAAGGGAAGAACGAGGAAGACUUGAAAUACACUGAAGAGAAAAAUGACAAAGAAAAGGCUUUUGAUAAUAUGGUCGCUAUCACAGAGACACUUAUGGCUCCAGUACAAACAACUCAAGUACCACCACCAACCACAUACCAAAAUGGUCACCCUUUUGAUUCCAUGAACAUUGGAAACCCUACCACGACGUUAAACGUGGGGCAGAAAACCCUUCCACCUCUGCCACCAAAGAAAAACGACAUUGACGAUUUGAGAGUCAAUGAAGAGGUGGACACAACUCAAGUGGGAGAUGACCCAGUGGACCAACCACUUUUAAAUUUGGAAGAACCCAAAAAUGACCCACUUGGUCUUUUUAAAUAA